AUGGCCUCUCAGUACAGCCAGGAACAGACCGGGGAAGUAAGCGCAACAGAAAGGACGCCUUUGGUCGCGAAUGGUCUUCAAGACCGACAGUCUAACAUUCUCCCCCGCAAUCGACUUCUUAUCGUCAUCCCAGCAUUAUCUCUCGUCCACUUCACCUCAUUCAUAGCCCAAACAGCAAUAUCGACAACCCUACCGUCUAUCGCAUCGGCAUUGAAAACUGGCUCCUCGAUUUCUUGGGUCGGUACAAGCUUUCUGACCACCAGCACCUGCAUCCAGUUAAUCAAUGGUCGUCUGCCGGAUAUACUUGGACGAAAAACACGCCUUCUUACGUCCCUGGUGGUUAUGGGCAUUGGGAAUCUCCUGCCAGGCUUUUCUCAGACAUCCGGUCAUCUAUAUGUCACGCGGGCGUUAAGCGGCUUCGGAGCUGGAGCAUUGAAUGCGCUUGUCCAGAUCAUCAUUUCAGACAUCACCCGGCUUGAUCAACGCGGUUAUUACUUCGGAAUAUCGGGCGUGGCGGUGGCAUUGGGAAAUGGGCUUGGUCCAGUCAUUGGUGGUCUUUUACAGAGAGGAUGUCCUGGAGAUGGGCCUUUUGGUUCAUCUGUCCCUUGA